AUGUGCAUCAAUCAAUUCUUCCCAAUCACGCCAAAUGGAUAUUGGGCGAUUCAAAUGCUUUGCGUUUGUCUCCCAAUUAUGCUUUUUGUCGUCUAUGUCAGUGACAAGAAGCAAAAAAUCGCGAUUGCACGAAAGUUGCGGCUAGAAGAACUUGAAAAAGACAAGGCCAAGAUCGAAAAUGAAUACACCGCAAAACUGAGAGCGCUGAAAGAAGACCUAGAAAAGAUCGACUACUCAAAGGAUUACGAAACAAUCCGUGGUGUAACAAUCGAUGGAAAACAGCUUGAAGCACAACUCAAAGAAGAAGAAGAUCGAAUCAAUCAAGAAUGCGAGGCUCGACAAAACGCCCUAGAAAAAGCGAAAAAAGACGAGAAGGAAAAUAAAGAUGAUGAUCGAGCGACAAAAGCGACCAAAUCUGAAAAUUCGACUCCUUCCGUUUUGUUUCUUGCUUAUAUUUUCAUUAUUAAAUUGAUCCAAUGCUUCUCAUUAUGCUCAUCAUUUUUCAAAGCGACGGAGCUCCUCUAA